UUUCUGGCUUCAACAGUCUAAAUCUCCUCACUAACUUUGGACCAAAGGUUUUCUGGUUAAAAUCUAAUUCCAAACGCUUGGAUGUCUGUUGUUUUAAAGGUUAACAAUUUUUCUAAAACACGAUUAAUCUCAUGAUCACGAUUUAUUUGUAGCCGUUUGCUCAUUGCCGGCUUUAGCGGAGAUUUAUAGAUUCAGUAUACAGACUGAGGGAGCAGAAAGUGACAGAUUUAGAAUCAACUAUCUCACACGAUGCUCUAUAAGUUUCCACGGCCAUCCUUCCUUAUUAAUUUUUUUCUGACCGGAAGAGCUGGACUACAUGACCGCUGUAUUCUUGGUACAGGAAAGCGCUUCCGGAGCUCCGGGUGCACUUCCCAUCAGCAUCCUACAUCAGGUCAGACAGUGGUUGUUGAAAAGCAAGGUCCAGUGCUCACUGUGGGAAUUAAUAGGCCAGAGGUGCGUAAUGCAGUGAACCAGGAGACAUCCCAGCGGUUAUUUGAAGAAUUUUCAGCCUUUGAACAAGAUGAUACCUUGAGUGUAGCUGUGCUACAUGGAAUAGGAGGGAAUUUUUGUGCUGGUUAUGAUCUUAAAGAACUCUCUCAGGAUUCCAGUUCCCUCAAACUGGAGCAAAAUGUUACCCAAGGUCCUGCACCAAUGGGUCCCUCUCGCCUGAGGCUAUCAAAGCCACUGAUUGCAGCAGUAAGUGGUUAUGCUGUGGCAGGGGGGUUGGAAUUGUCCCUGCUAGCUGAUCUCCGGAUUGUGGAAACCAGUGCCAUAUUUGGGGUUUUCUGCCGCAGAUUUGGUGUGCCACUCAUUGAUGGUGGGACAGUGCGGCUGCCACAGCUAAUUGGUUUGUCUCGGGCUCUAGACCUUAUUUUGACUGGAAGACCUGUAGGAUCUCAAGAGGCACUAGCAUUUGGACUAGCAAACAGAGUGGUGCCAGAUGGACAAGCCUUACAGGUAGCUGUGGAGCUUGCUGAGCAGAUAAGCUCCUUUCCUCAGCUCUGUCUCCGUGCAGACCGUAACUCUGCCUAUCAUGCAUCUUUUGACUCCAGCUCGUUCACCCAGGCCAUGCAAUAUGAAACAGACUAUGGCCUGCCAGUAAUCACAGCUGAAGCUAUCCCUGGGGCAACCAGGUUCAGCUCGGGCACUGGAAGAGGUGGAACAUUUUCUUGAAAGACAUGAUAAAUGUUUUAUACUCCAAAAAAAAGUGCUAGUAAUUAGUCAUGUUUGUAUUGUAUUUGAGAGAAAAAACCAUCACAGUUUUGACAAAGGUUUAAAUUGAACAGCACAGAGUUUUGGUAGUGAUUGUCUUCCUGUGAACAGUCAGCAUUUAUGAUCACUAUAAAGCUAACAGAAGAACCUAUGUGUUGCAAAAAUAAUCUUUACAGUUUGAAUGUAGUCCAGGAUCAUGUAUUUUAUGUUUUUGUGAUUGCUGCCCUUUCUAUAUUAAUAAAUCAACAUACCGAAGCAAAAAUUGUAUUGAAAUUUAGUAGAUGCAGGAAUUUCAGUGUCACACUGUGCAUUGCUGCAAUUCUCCUUGAGUUUGACUGUAGAAAGGCUUUAAGUGUUGUAAGUGAAUGGUCUGUAGAGUCCUGUGUAGUUGUAUAGUUGUAUAUACAACUGUACUAUUCAAAUCAGUGGCUAUUGGAAUGAGCAAAUGUGUCUGAAAUUGCAACCGAAACAGUACGUUAAUUUCCACACAUAUAUCUUUUUCCUUUGCCAUUUCAUUAUACAGUAUAUAUACUCAACUAUGAAUUUCACCAUUGCUGUUCUCUUGAUUGCCCCAGCUUUGAGUAAAUCAAACUUAUUAUAUCAUCCUGUGAAGAGAGAUGCAUAUACAUUAUCCAUUUACACUAGCAGUCUAAAAUUCAUGUGUGGUCUGCACAUAGAGACUUUUACAGAUAUCAUACUGCCUAAUAAAUAUCCACUCCUUUUCAGAUAUUGAGAUUUUGAAAAUAACUAAACAUACAGGAGGCAGCACAGUGGGGCACAGAGUUGCAUUGCCACCUGACAACCCCAGGUUCCAGGGCCCAAGUUACUGUCUGAAUGGAGUUUUACUUACAGAAUGAAUGUGGAUUGAUGCUGCUUGGCUGGUCAUAAAUCCAACAGUGAAUACAAGUUCCUCUUUUUGGAUUUACUCUUGAAUGCAUUCUAAUUACAAUUUGCAGAAGCAACAUGAAUGUAAUGAAUGCUGAAUAUUGUAUUUAACUUUUUAUCAUGCCAAACACCAUGUGACAGUUAUUCAGGAUUUUGUUUUGUUGUCGUGA